AUGAAUGAAAGGCUUCCGACAACUCUUACACGAGUCUUGCCGACACCAUCACUUGCCAUGACAGAAGGACAAGCCACUGCCACUGCAUCGAACUCGUCGCCUUCUGACAGUCUGUCCGAACCAGACGCCGCGACUCAGUUAGAUAACAUCUUUAUCGAGCUUGCUGAGGUCACUGAUAUGACUCGUGCUCAGUUAGAACAUCUAGUGAUGAUGAAAGGAUUCGGCGCUACCACUGAGUCUUUGCUGCGCAAAAUGGCGACAACUCCGACCAAGUCCAGCCACUUCCCGACUUCCAGCAGCACUUCUCAAUGGAGUAAGCGAGACGCUGUCGAUCAUGAAGGCAACCUUUCUACUGGACAUGUCAACGCUGAAGCGCACAUCUCAGGACGCAGCAACAAGAGCAAAUCCCCCUCUGAUAGCCGCAAUACUACUCACAUCCCUGAAUUCUCCUUCAAAAUGCUUGGAAACGGACACAUAGCGAUUUCCACAAGUCAUACGUUGGACCAGGGGACUGCGAAGUCCGAUCACCAAACCGUUGGCAUCCCAUUGUACAAGAUCUGGCGAAAGCACUUGCUGCAUAUCUCCCAACAUCUGAAACGCUUUUCCUCGAUCUUAAAUUCUUCAACAGUCUUCUUCAACCAAACCGACGACUCCUCAUCGCCUCACAUAAAUUCCAUCUUCCGUCCUUUUCAUGAGAUCGAGGCAGAGAUUGACAACGAGCCACAUGUCAAAAACAAGGACUAUUUCGCAUUCACUCAGGAGAACAUUGACAAAUCGAAAGUACUCGAGUGGUAUUCGGCGUAUUCUAUGAUGAGAGCACCAGACUUCCCACAAUACGAAGAGUGGGCAACGUUCUAUGACGAUUUCUUUGACAAUCCCGAUUUCAGAUGCAGCUUGUCCCGCACGGAUUGCGGCAUUCCCAAUGACAUAGACCACGUUCUAUUGCACUAUCCUGGGUUGGAGAAUCGGACAAUCGCUCGGCGCCUGUGGUUCACUGCCAGAAUGCAGCAUGAGAUUCACCAACUGCUCUAUGCUAUUCGGGUGAUAAUAUUCCGCAACAUCCAGGGUAAGAUCCCAAAGAUAAUCAAACAUUUCACGCAACAACAAGAUAAGAAAGCUGUGGCCAAUUGCAAAACCCUUCACGAUUUCAUCGAUUUCUUGGUGGAAAUGGCGAUAAAUACAGCAGUUGGAAUGGCUAGCUCUUUUAUUCCUCCGCUCAUGUACGAGGGCAAUGUCCUAUCCUCACUUGCGUCUCGAAAUCUUCUAAGCUGGAAAACAAAUGAUUAUACCGAAAUGAUCGCACCUAAGGACUCGAAAUGGCACACGCAACAGCCUGCAAAUGAUGAUGAUAAGCAUCAUACCACCAAGUCCCCUCAAUACCAAUUUUUGGACCCACUCAUAAACUACGUCAAAGCAUUGCCGGUGCAGGAAUAUAAGAAACACAAUCGAGAUCACCCACAAUCUCACGUGGACGCAGCAUAUAUUGAGGAAGAGGACGAGCGUAUUACCGGUGGGAUUGACAAUGAUUCGCUCUGCGGUGGAUUCGAAGGCGGCCAACAGGACAACAAUGACAAGAAUAUAGAAAAACUGCGCGCAAGUUUGCCAAAGAAUCUCGACAAGAUGGAAAAAGAAAUGGAUCACUUUUUCAACUUGACGACAAAAGGAGUUUUUGUUGGACAGGGUGGACCGUCGUUGUGGUCUAUGGUCAUGGCAAGUGCUCACUGGAAGGAUAUCAUGGCCAAGUUGGACGAUGGAGAGGGGAGAAGGGAUAAUUUCGAAAAGCAUCUCAUGAAACAUACCAUUGGCAAGGUCCUAGGGGAGGACAACAAUUAUAUCAAGUGCUUUCACUUCCCGGAUCGUCAUGAAGCAGAACAACACAAAAAGUUCACAAUGGAAACCCCAGGACGCAAAGAACAAUGGUGGACGACAGCUUAUCGCAAAUCAAUAUUCUUUCCGGACUAUGAGAAGGAUCCUUCACUUAUGUGCCAAGUUGCUCAUUGGUACGCUGCUACAAAUCUCCACUCGCAUGAGAAUGCUUUCGUGGGACUCAAUAGCCUGGAAACGUUUGAGAACCAUACAUAUGGGUUCAAGCUUAGGGACUCGCUUCAAGAAGCGUGGGAAUACUACAAACUCUAUGGAAAUGAGAUUGAUAAAAUUGACUGGAUGUCAUGGGCUCUGGGUUCGGGGGAUCUUACGACCUUUCAUCUGCCAGUCUGCGUCAGUGACCAUUUGGGACCUUACGACCUGAACCCCUCAUUCAAUCUUUUAUACACCGAGCACCUGAAAGAAAUUCGAUUCCCUGGAAGUUGUGGCGGCUACCGCGCCGAGUUACUAGCAGCGUUCCUCAAGGCAGCCAACGCCGACCCGACGAGCAUGUUGUAUGCUAACUUCAACGAGCUCUUCUACGACAUUAUUCCUAGGCAAGCCAACUUCGCUCUACUCAGCCUAUUUUCCCAUUACUGUGUCUGGUGCGAAGCUAACAUACAUAUGCCCGAGGGAGGCGGCGUCGCAGGAUACCGUUCACCGCGCCCAGGUCGAAACAAGGACUGCGAUUUUAUUCAGAACGCCACCUUGGGCAUGAAUGAGGAGGAAGCGAACAUAUGGUUCUGUGAGAAUCAUGGAAACCAUACUGUCUUCCAAGACGAAGACGACCAUUACGGGAUUAGAAAUCGGCAUCCACAAGCCCACAAAGGUAGAUGCGAAGGCUGGCUUAAAGUCAACAAGGCGGACCGUCAAAAGCAACAAAAGGAGACAAAGGAAGUGAUGCAGACCCAGAAUGAAACUCGGAUUCUGGCUGGUCUCAAGAGCCAGAUUCUUGCGGGGUUGCCGUGCAUGGCUGACUUCCUUGGGGCAGCUGACUUGCUCAACUCUACCUAUUCACUCAACUUUACUCAGCCGCUCAACGGGACCGAGUUCUUCAACGCGACCGCUGAAUCGGGAUGCACUAUUUGGACAAGUGAGCUUGCAGAAGAAGGAAAGCCUUAG